GGCUGAGGAGACACACAAGGGAAGUGAUCGUCGCGGGAGCCAGAUCGUCUGACCCGGGACCCCCGCGCGCCAUGCCGUCCGAGAAGACCUUCAAGCAGCGCCGGAGCUUCGAACAAAGAGUGGAAGAUGUCCGGCUCAUCCGGGAGCAGCACCCCACCAAGAUCCCAGUGAUCAUCGAGAGAUACAAGGGGGAGAAGCAGCUGCCUGUCCUGGACAAGACCAAGUUCCUUGUACCUGAUCACGUGAAUAUGAGCGAGCUCAUCAAGAUAAUUAGAAGGCGCUUGCAGCUCAAUGCUAACCAAGCCUUCUUCCUCCUGGUGAAUGGGCACAGCAUGGUGAGUGUGUCCACGCCCAUCUCUGAAGUGUACGAGAGCGAGAGAGAUGAAGACGGCUUCCUGUACAUGGUUUAUGCCUCGCAGGAGACAUUCGGGACAGCGCUGGCUGUGUAAGGCUGGAACAAUGCCUGAUGGUUCUUAAGCCCUUACCAAGGCAAAAAGGGACGUUACCAGCGGACGCUGGUCAGCUCACCACCCACAGAUCAGAACGUAGGCACCCACAUAGGGUAUUAUUAGGAACUGUUUAUCAGCAGAAACUGAGCUCCAUGCAAGUGCAUUCAGCUUGGAAACUCAUCUAAACUAGGCUAUCUUGUGUUCAAACUUUAGAAGUUUAAAAUAAAAUACUUUGCAUCCUAAGUUGCCAAUAAAAAGACCAAGUUAUUUUGACAUUUUUCUCCCCAGUAGGGACUUAAACUAGAAGAGCGGUGUUGGGGGCAGUCUCUUCCUGGGACCUGCUGCCUUCUCUAAAAGGGCUUCCACUCAGGAGAGAAGUCCCUCUAAACAGUCCCUCGGCCCAGGUUGCCUGGCAGAGGUCCCCAGAGGGCUCUGGCUUUGCCCAAAACUGGUCAGGUGUGUAGGAUCUCACUCUAAGCCAGGUCCGGGUCCUGUCCCAGCCAUGCCAUUUCCCCCUCAGCAGUGCAGGGACGCUCACUCGCUGCUGUGUAGAUGUUACCACAUGCACUGCUGCUCAGAGGCCAGUUCUAACCUUGCCCAGGGCUUGCUUGGUCCAGCUUCUUAAGAGACUGCAGAGAAAGUGUGUGUUUCUCCUGGUUUGGAUUUUGUCUAGUCCAUGCCUGCUUCAGGGAGAGAGCAAGCAGGUAUGCAAUGCUGGCCUUAGGAUGCAGUUGUCACAACAGUAGACUGGAAGUCCAAAUGCACUCGCUCCGGACUUGGCUCACAGUUAUUUGUUAGUGUGUAACUGUCUUUGUAAGGGCGGUCUGACAGCUGUGAAGGCAGCAGCAACAGGAUAUGUGCUCUUGACAGACAUGUGGCCACUUCCAACUAAAGCAAGCCUCUGCUUCCUGCUACCUGCAUCAGAUACUCAGACCACCCCUGGUCACUCACUCUUGGUCUGAGAGUCUCAGUGAGAGCUGCCUGCUAUCAUGGACGGAAGCCAACAUAGCCACCUCCCAACCUAGCUCCUCCCAGGCACCCCCCAACCCCUCCCUGCAUGCCGCUGUCCUUGCUAACCCUCAAAUGUUACUUUACAUUGUGUCAAUCCUCACUGCUCUGUCUUGUGUAGGUUGUGUGUGUCAUGACCCUGGUUUUUAUAACUAUGGUGCGAUCAGUAAGGAUUCCUGUAAUACUGCUUUAAAAAUGCUGCUCAGAGGGCGGCCUCCACUAAUAGGCCGGCCACCUGUACACUCUGAUGCACUAAGUCAAUAAAGGCACAACUCAACCUGU